AUGAUGAGACCGACAAUAGCCUCCUCGAGAACUCUUGUGGGACUGUUGGUGCUACCAGCACUGCUCCACCACCAAUGGAUGACGACGGCCUUUUCUCCCGUCACUGGUAUUUCUUCUUCUGCUGCCAUGACAAGACACUCCACAACACGACGAAUGGUGCUAUCGUCUCCUCGUGAAACCACCACCAACACAACAUCAACAACGCCACUUCCCCGAUAUCCGACACUCCGAGGUACCGAAGUGGAUUCGCGCAAGAUUAUUGCCACCGGUGCGGGACGUCAGUACUUGACGGCCAUUCGACUGGCCCACAUUUUGUUUGCGUCGCGCGAAUUGGCCGAAGUCAGUUUGCACCAAUUGCGAGCCGCUCACACGGGGUUUUCGGAUCUGGCACAACAGAUUAGUUCGUGUACUGCCACACGAGACAAGGGAGGUUCGUUGGGAUGGAUGAAUGUGCCCAAACAACAGCAAGAUGACGAAAAAGAAGAUACCCAACCUAUUGCUAAUAAUAAAGAAGAAGACCCCGACGAACAUUUGGACAUGAUUUUCCCACCCGAAGCGCGACAACAAAUGGUACAAAUCACCACCAAACCAGGAGAUAUCGUCAUGGUGGAAUCCUCGGUGGGGUAUCAUCUGGUACAGGUCGUCGAUGUCAUGGCCGAUGUCCGAAAAAUGGCAUCGGUGCGAAAACCACGCAAAACCAAAACCAACAAACGCAGUCGUCGUCAACAACCACAACAACAUUCACCCAAAACCUACCAAAUGGAAACCAUGGGAUGUCAAAUGAACCGCGCCGAUUCGGAACGAAUGGAAGGACAAUUGCAAAAUUUGGGAAUUCAACCACGCAACAACGACGACAGUAAAAAACCAGAUAUUGUAGUAUUGAAUACCUGCAGCAUUCGUGAUCACGCCGAACAAAAGGUGUAUUCCUACAUUGGACCACAUGCCAAACGAAAGCGAGAGGGAGAAGAUGUCACCAUUAUUGUCGCGGGCUGUGUGGCGCAACAAGAGGGAGAAGCACUCCUGAGACGAUGCCCCGAAGUGGAUCUGGUCAUGGGACCACAGUACGCGAACCGCAUUGGUGAUCUUUUGGAAGAUGUGUCCAUGGGAAAUCAAGUUGUUGCUACUGAAGCCACACAUAUUAUGGAAGAUUCCACCAAACCAAGACGACAAUCCACAGUGGCGGCAUGGGUCAAUGUCAUUUAUGGAUGCAAUGAAAGGUGUACCUUUUGCAUUGUACCCACCACACGAGGAGUCGAACAGUCGAGGCCCGUCGAGAGUAUUAUCGCAGAAAUUUCCGAGUUGGUCCAACAGGGAUACAAAGAAGUGACCUUGUUGGGACAAAACAUUGAUGCUUACGGAAGAGACAUGAUUCCCAAACGCAAAUUCUCGGACUUGAUCAGGAUAGUGGGAGAUAUUCCAGGUUUGGAAAGACUCCGCUUUGUGACAUCCCACCCACGUUACAUGUCAUUGGGAGUCGUCGAUGCCGUUGCAGAAACGGAUGCGGCAUGUGAGAACUUCCACAUCCCCUUUCAGAGUGGAUCCAACGAGGUGCUGGCUGCCAUGGGAAGAGGACAUACACGCGAAAAGUACCUGCACAUUGUAGAUCGGAUACGUUCCCGUCUCCCUGAUGCCGCCAUUACCGCAGACGUGAUUGUGGGAUUUCCGGGCGAAACCGAAGAGCAGUUUCAAGAAACCUUGAGUUUGAUGGAGGAAGUUGUGUUUGAUACUGUCAAUACGGCAGCCUACUCGCCACGACCCAAUACACCUGCGGCUCUGUGGGACAAUCAAGUUGCGGACGAUGCAAAGCAAGAUCGUCUGCGGCGCAUCAAUGAACUCAAUCUGCAGCAUGCGGCGCAACGGCGAUCCCGCUUGAUGGGUAGAACUGUAGAAAUUCUGGUGGAAGAAAGAAAUGUGAAGAGACCCACACAGGUCAUGGGAAGAUCCACUCACGGGUUUAUCGUUUAUUGUGAUGGUGACAUUGACGAGCUCCGAGGCAAGCUAGUGAAGGUGCACAUUGAUACAUGUCAAACGUUUUACCUCUCAGGGACAAUCGUUGAGGAGUAA